AUGUAUCUACAUGACACUGUUCUGGGAAUUAUCUUCCUUUCUCAGACUGGAGUUGGGGUCCUAGGGAACUCCAUCUUCCUCUGGUUUUAUACCGUUAUUUUAUUCACCAGGCACAGGUGGAUGCCCAUGGACUCCAUUCUUACCCAACUUACUUUGACCAACACCAUAGUGCUUCUCUCCCAGGGAUGCCCGUUAGCAAUAUCAUAUUUCAGUACAGGAUAUUUCUUGGGCAUUACAAUGUGUAAAAUUGUAUUUUAUCUUCAGCGAGUCAGCCGGGGCCUUUCCAUAUGUACCACGUGCCUCCUGAGCACCUUUCAGGCACUCACCAUCAGUCCCAGCAACUCUAGGUUGGCCAAACUCAAAGUCAGAGUUCUGGAGUUCACCUACCCCUUGUGUCUCCUCUGUUGUAUAAUCAACAUGAUCUUAGAAGUAAAUGUGCCAAUAUAUAUAUCAGGAUCAAGAAGCAGAAAUAGUACCCACUCAAGUGUAAUUAAUCUCCUUUAUUGCUACUGGGAAAAAUUUUUUAUUGAGAUCAUCAUUUUGCCUUCCCUUCGAGACAUCUUGUGUGUAGGAUGUAUGGUCUGCACCAGUGGCUACAUGGUGUUCCUCCUGCACAGACAUCACCAGAAGGUCAAGCAUAUUCACCGCACCAGCUUCUCCUCAAAGACAUCUCCAGAGAUUAAGGCCACUCAAACUAUCCUGCUGCUAGUGGGAAGCUUUGUUUCUGCUUACUGUGUCAGUUGUGGCUUUAUACUGUAUAAAGUAUAUGUGAUGCAUUCUGGCACUUGGGUGAUGAUUGUGACUACAUUUAUUGCAUUGUGUUACCCAACCAUCAGCCCCUUUUUGCUGAUUCACAGAGCUAUUCAAAUCCCCAGGUCCUUCUGUGCUGCCUGGUGGAGGCCAAAUUCCUAUUCUCAGAAUAAGUUACAGGAUUUACAAGUUAUCUCCAUGGGCACAUCACCUUGA